AUGGAGCAUCAAAGGUGCUAUGUUUACGAACCAUCUGCGACGGAAGAGCGAGCGCCCAAGCGCCAGCGUGUAGGCGAAUUCAAUCCGCAAGCACAACUACCAGAACGGCUCCAAGCCUACCGCGAGAUAUGGGCGCAACAAGAGGAGCUAAUCGAAAGUACGCUCGAACAAGCUGAUGGCGCGACUCAGGAGAAGAUUGUCAACUUUAUCACAGCAGCUGGGGCCUCUUCAGACGAACAAAGAUUUGCCAUCCCUACAGGUCUUAUUGUCGCAGGCCCUAGUAUCGCAUCUCAUGGACCUUUCUUUCAGCGUCUGGGCGAAAAGAUCACAGAAGACACAGAUGGAGCCUAUGUAGUGCUAACGUCCGGAGAAUGUCCCAAUCUGAAGACGCUUCUGAAAAAUCUUAUCAAGAAGGUGACAUCGCGUGCAGAAGACGACGACGAUGAAGACCUGGAGCGCUCAGCGACGUCUUCGAGGCAUGGACCGAAGUUGCUCAACUACGAUCUUGGCCACGUUCAGGAAUGGCGCAAGAAGAACCGUGUCAUGAGUAUUAUUGUUGCGAUCCAGGACAGUGAAGCUUUUGAUGCUGGACUACUUGUGGAUAUGGUUGAUCUUUUUCACUCGUGGCUUGACCGUCUACCUUUUGUACUACUUUUUGGCAUCGCUACUUCUGCUGAGAGCUUUGAAGAACGCCUGUCAGGAAAGUCACUACGUUAUCUCGAGGGUGAGAAAUUCGAUGUCACCCAAUCUGACGAGAUCGUUGAGACGCUGUUCAGCGCAACAGUCGCCAGUACGGAUGGCUUCUUGCGUAUCGGACCAAACCUUUGUCGCCGUAUGCUGGAUCGGCAGAAAGAUCAUGUCCAGAACGUUCAGGACUUUUGCGACGGGUUGAAGUACGCUUAUAUGUCACAUUUCUACGCCAGUUGCCCUAGUAUCUUUCUCAAGGACGGAAUUGCUUUCGAGAACCUGUCUGCGGAUAUGUUUGAAGCUGUACGCAACUUGCCGUCUUUUCGUCGGUGGAUAGAAGACAAGCUGGACAAUGGACAAGCGCAAGAAGUUUGCAAGCUGCUUACCUCGAACCAGUACCUGUUUGAUGAGGUUACAAAUCAUGUUGGUUCCGGCCAGCAUGCUCUCUCCACUAUGAGCCACGCAGCCAAGGUCCUUGCCAGCCUACGGGAUUGUCUGCAAAUGUCACCUUCUGUUCGCCUCUCAUCAAUCUGGACUCGAGCAGCAUCAGGAGAAAUAUCAGGCUCACCGCUUCUACGCGAAACAAUGUUGUCCAUCAGGAAAAUGCCAUCAGACAAGCUGUCUCAACUUUUGUCUUCUAUGGAGACUCACAAAGGCGACUACUUCCCACUGGACAUCAGCUCUUUCUAUCAAGAGCUAGAUGCCUUGAUCGAAAAGAACGACACUGCUGCACCUCUGCGCACUCAACACGACGUCCGCAAUGACAGUCUCAGAACUACGGUCGUGGCGCAAAAGGUGCUACUAAGCAAGCACAAGGCAGCACUUUCAGAACAGGACAAAGCCUACUCAGACUUGGUUGGACGUUUCCAUGAUCAGCUUGAUGAGUACUUCACUUCAGCCUUCCUCGACCCACGAACACUUUUCCUCUCGGAAAUCCUGAUGUACGAUCUCAAGUCGCCACACACCGAGGUCUUCCAGCCUAAGCCACGCUUUGCAAUCGAACGCGCUUUGGCAUCUCCGCAUGACUAUCUGGGCUGUGACUGUUGCGGCGGAGACGAUGGUACAGGAGCGGCCUUGUCGGCAACCCAACCUGCCGCUGCUAUUGUCUAUCAGAUGUACCUCGAGUCUGGUACCCUGAUCAAUGUGACUGAUUUGUGGGCAGCUUUCAACGCGAUUGCUGGAGAUGGAGAUGACGAAAAUGAGUCCAGGACAAUGGCUUUAUUCCAACGCGCGCUCGCCGAGCUCAAGUACCUGGGUCUCGUUAAACCCAGCAGAAAGAAGACUGACCACAUCGCCAAGAUGAUGUGGAAAGGGCUGUAG